AUGGCCGCAAUCGCGGGCUCCUUCGGUGGACUCCUGGCAGCCGCCAUCUCGCUGAUGGACGACAUUGGUGGCAGAAAAGGAUGGGCUUGGAUUUUCAUUCUGGAAGGUAUAGUGACUACCAUCGUCGGUAUUGCGAGUUGGUGGAUGGUGUUCGACUGGCCAGACACUGCACGCUUCUUGAGCCCCGAUGAACGCAUUCGAGUCCAGCGCCGCCUCGCCGCUGACAACCAAACCCAUACAUCGGAGCAGUACGACAAACGUCACAUCAUAGCCGCCGCCAAGGACUGGAAGACGUACGCUUAUGCUGUCGUCUGGAUGGGCAAUCUAUGCCCUCUCUAUUCCUUCAGCCUCUUCCUCCCAACCAUCAUCGCUGGUCUCGGUUACGAAGGAACGACCGCACAGCUCAUGACCGUACCCCCAUACGCCGUCGCAGCUGUCUUGACAAUCUUUGUCGGCUUCCUGGCUGACCGUACACAGCAGCGGGGAAUCUACAACUUGGUGUGCGUCUCCGUCGCGGCUGUAGGCUUCAUUAUGCUACUCGCAACCCCAAACCACAACGUACAGUACGCCGGAACUUUCUUGGCUGCAGCUGGCAUUUAUCCGACGAUACCAAACUCUCUCUCGUGGGCAGCAAACAACUUCGAAGGUGUCUACAAGCGGGGAGUCGUGAUUGGUACUAUCGUGGGCUGGGGCAACCUUAACGGCGUGGUUUCGUGCAACAUCUAUCUUGCUUCCGAGAGCCCGCGAUUCUGGACCGGACACGCAGUGGUACUCUCAUGGCAGAUCUGCUUCUUGCUCGGCGGAACAGUCUUCCUACAUAUCAUGCUCGGGCGGGAAAACAAGAAGCGUAUGGCUGGCGAGAGAGAUUAUCUGAUGGAAGGCAAGACCGCUGAGGACAUGGUGUUCAUGGGCGAUCAGCGUCCGGACUUCAUCUACAUGCGUUAG